ACUGAUUGAUUGAUGGAGUUACGGCCCCCUCCACACCUCGAUUCCUUUCACUGGCUGCGGUUAAAUAUUUGCCGUGGCGACACUCUUCGGCCGUUCUGCUAAUUAGCAGCCACAGCGUCAGUCCGCGCGGACAGAAAUGAGUCGGUUCGUUCAAGUCACCUUGUUGUUCGCGUUACUGUGGAAUGAAACGAAGCCCGUCGUGGGCGCCACGUACGUGGCCGCCGUGUACGAGCACCACGUGCUCCUGAACCCGCAGCCUUUGGUCACGCGGACACGCGCCGCAGCUCUUCAGCACGUGCGACAAAACCUGGACGUGUACGAAGAUCAGGCCCGCCGGGCCGCGCGCCAGGGUGCUGACAUCUUGGUGUUUCCAGAAGAUGGUCUUCAUGGUUUCAAUUUCAGCCGUUCUUCCAUCGUUAACUACUUAGAAACCAUUCCUGAUCCACAGCAGGAGAGCUGGAACCCCUGCAGAGAGCCGGACCGAUACAAGAACACUGAGGUUCUCCAGCAGUUGAGCUGUAUGGCACGUCGUAACAACCUCUACUUGGUGGCAAACAUGGGCGACCUGCAGCCCUGCCCCAUGAAGUCUGAACCUGCUUCCUCCUGCCCUCCUGAUGGACGAUGGCAGUUCAACACCAAUGUGGUUUUCAGUUCAGAUGGCCUGCUGGUUGCACGUUACCACAAACAGAACCUCUACUUUGAGGCAGCCUUUGAUGCACCUCCACAGCUUGAAAUCGUAACGUUUGACACACCCUUCGCCGGGACGUUUGGCCUUCUCACUUGUUUCGACAUUUUGUUCCAGGAGCCCGCAGUUACUCUGGUGGAGAUGGGUGUCCGCCAGCUGAUCUUUCCCACGGCUUGGAUGAACCAACUCCCCUUGCUAGACACAAUCCAAAUCCAGCGGGCAUUCAGCCUAGGUGCCAAUAUCACCCUACUAGCAGCAAACGUUCGUCACGACCUGCUCAUCAUGACAGGAAGCGGUAUCUACACCCCUUUUUCUGCCCUCUACCAUCAUGCCCAUAAAGGGGACCCUGAGGAGGGUAUGCUGCUGGUGGACACUGUGCCUGUCUUAGAGCCACUUGGCAUGGGGCAGAGUGUUGUGUCACAAGAGGUGGCAGAACAACAAGAAAGUACAGAUGGGACAGUCAUCGAUGGGUACAUCUUAUUUGUUGAUUCUGGAUUCUGCCUCCAAGAGAAUUGUCUAGAUUCUCCUCCACUUUUCACUGGUUCUGCACUUCAUCAUCCAUCCUCCACCACCUUCACCUCAUCCAUGAUGUACGACCCAUUUAAGUUUGUCCUCCUAAGCGGCACAGAGGGCAACCUCAGUGUGUGUGAUGGGUUGUUCUGCUGUCACCUGAAGUACCAGCAGUUAGGAGGCAGCAGUGCAGAGCUCUAUGCACUGGGAGCAUUUGCCGGAACUCACACUGUCAACGGGCGCUACAGCCUGCAGGUGUGUGCACUGGUCUGCUGUGCAGGAUUGGAGCCUGCUUCCUGUGGUCAAGAAGUAGAGGAGGCAGAGUCAAAGAUGGACUUUCUGUUGGAGGGAAGGUUUAGCACUAGAUUUGUAUACCCAUCGGUGCUGACUAACCGUCUUGUUCUGGAGCAGCCGCAACAUCUGGAGAAGACUGUAGACGGCAGGGUGGCCAUGAAACACUCAAACAUGGCUGGAGGUCUGGUUACUGCCUAUCUGUACGGGCGCAUGUAUCGCCUGGACCGUGGUCACUCCUGAGUUCUGGAAUAAAUGUGUCUGUGAGAUGUGUGAAUUGAAAUUGUGUAACUUGUCAGAACGUAAAGGAGAUCUUCAUCAGGCACUGUCAAAUCCUAGUCACAAACCAGCGGCACCAAUCCCUUACUGACGCAACCACAGCCAAGUGGUCAUCUGUUUUCCUAGCUGUUGACUGGCUGAAUGCACCUGAUUAAUUAGCAGUGUGCGGCACAGGGACAGUUGGAAAAUGUGGAAAAAGUGAUGACUACAGCACUAAUCCAUUUAUUUGUAAGAUUGCCAGACAGCUGAGGCAUCUUUGACACAUUAAAUGAAACCUGACAUUUAUGUUUCCUGAUUCUUUCAUUUGUCCGGCCAAUAGCGAUGGGUAGGUUGUGUUGACCCCCUGGUCAGGUGGGUGCAGGUAAGCUUGGUAAAAAAUAUUAGGGGUGUAGGUGGGGAGGGUUGAAAAGCAAAGCAGAAUUUCCAC